CUGUAUAUCACUGUAUUGACGUGUUGUUAGCAAAUGGGAGCAGAACGUCCGAUCCUUCGCAUGAGGGGGUCAUUCUGACUACAGGGCCGAUCCUUCGCAUGAGGGGGUCAUUCUGACUACAGUUGCCACUUGUUGCUAAAACCUCCAGGGCUUCAAUACUCGACCACCGCAAAUACUUUGAUAGCCUCCUACACUUUAAUCCUACACGUUAAUCUCUUCUCUCCAAUAGAGACGCGGAUCUCGAUGUUGGAUCAGGAUUCAGGAAUACUCCCACAGCUAACAUUGAAAGGAGAUACUUUGUGAACUGUUUGAUAUUUCGGUCUAAUCUGACGGGCGAAGCAUGGUUGAUAAUACCAGUAUAGCAACUAAAUCUGCUUUGCAAGCAGCGUUCUCCUCGUCCAGCAACCUCCCCCUGCUCGUCUCCUCUGCCUCCACACACAGCCACUUCCCCGGCUCACACUCCCAGUCCCAGCAGCCCAGCGGCGGAGGCAUGAAGCUAGAGGCGGUCAUGGAAAACCUCCAACGACAACAGGCUGCCCGCCUGGCGUUAGAAGAGAAGCUUCGUCAGGCAGAGAAAGAGAAAGAUCUCCGCUCCAUGGUCGAGUCCCAGAUACACCAACAAGCCCUCGCCUUCCACCACUACCAAGCAGCGGUUCGGGGAGCUUUCGCCGCGGGAGUAGCGAACUCUUCUCCCAGCUUGGCGAGAUCCGCUGAACCGGGACUGGCUGUCCAUCACAGUUUCGACGCCCGCAGGCACUCAGAGAGAGCCGACGAUUCCGAUAUGGAUAAUGAUCCAGAGGGGAUGGACCGAUGCAUGAAUGAUGACGACCGGAAUCUGGAUGGAGAUGACAUGGACAACGAAGGAAUCGUGGAUGAUGAGGAUGAAGAGGAUAUGGAGGGUGCUCUCAGCCACUACCAGCCCCACCACCCCAUGCACCCCGUUACGGGACACUCUCCGAAGGGCACCCCGGUGCAGUUCAUGUCUAGAAUUCCACCCUCCUUCGUUGCGCCCAGGCAGUUGGAAUCCCCGGGCGGGAUGGCACCACAGUCUCAACACCACGAAUGGACUUACGAGGAGCAAUUCAAACAGUCAGGACAAGGCAGUGCACCAGAGAGGAAGCUGGGAAAUUCAAGUGUCGGUAUCGGUGGCGGCUCCUCGUCUCUGAUUCAGGAGUUGUACGAGUUGGAUAAUGACGACAAGAGGAAAGAGUUUCUCGAUGACCUCUUCAGUUUUAUGCAGAAGAGAGGGACUCCAGUGAAUCGUAUUCCUAUCAUGGCCAAGCAGGUGUUGGAUCUGUACACGCUCUACAAGCUGGUCACAGAAAAAGGCGGCUUAGUGGAGGUCAUCAAUAAGAAAAUAUGGCGUGAGAUCACCAAAGGCCUCAACCUCCCUACCUCCAUUACCAGUGCAGCGUUCACCCUGCGAACACAGUAUAUGAAGUACCUCUACCCUUACGAAUGUGAAAAGAGAGGUCUGAGCUCCCCCGGAGAGCUCCAGGCAGCUAUCGACAGUAACCGCCGCGAGGGACGUCGUCAGAGCUACGGGUCGGCCAUCUUUAACUACUCUCCAAUGGGGACAACCUCCAUCGUCUCCUCCCCGAAGAUGAGCAUGCCUCACCUGGCCAUGUCCACCCUCAAUGGAGCACAUGUGACCCAGGGACACAACAUCAAGAAAGAGGAUGGCUUGAUGGGGGGUUGUCUGUCGGGUCGUGUCGGGGGGAUGCCCAUGUCUCUGGGAGGUCACCCCCAAGCCGUGGCAGCUCAGGCGGCUGCAGCGGUACAGGCUGCAGCGUUGGAGCAGCUGAGGGACAAGCUGGAGAGCGGGGAGCCGCCAGAGAAGAUGGUGAUGGCCGAGGAGCAACAGAGACUCAUGCAGCACGCGGUGCAGCGGAACCUCCUCGCCAUGGCAACACAGCUUCCCAUGAACAUCAAGAUCAACAACCGAGCUGAGCGGAUGAGAGAUGAUAGACAAGAGACUCCAUUGAACCUGUCUACCGGCGGCAUUAGCAGCAUCAACAUGUCAAUAGAAAUAGAUGGAGUUGUCUACACAGGUGUUCUGUUUGCCAGGAAGCCCUCUCUCCCUACGAUGCUGAGUGGUCACCAGGUCCAGAACCAGAAUGACAGCUUCUCUCAGGGAAAGACCAGUCCGGCGAUGAACUCCUCCUCCAUACAGAUCCAACCGUCCUGCUCCUCCUCUUCUUCCUCUACAUCCUCGGUCCACGGACAUGGAAACUCCUCCCCCUGAGCUGAGUCCCACCCACAGCUCCACCCCCUAAACCCUGCCCCCAUCGUUCCCCCAAAGACAACAAGCGGUCUGAGAUACCAGGAGACAAUACUUCUAUUGUUUUUUGAAGGUGGCUUUUCCCUUCCUCCUCCUCUUUCUCCUCCCUUUUCUCAGACUCCCUUAUUCCAGUUGAAAGAAUCCCCCCCCCCCCAAAAAAAAAUAUUUACUGAGAAAAUACUUCUGUAGAAAAAGAAAAUUCUCUCGCUCUAUUCUCUUUCCUUCUUCUGAACUCUGACCUCUGAAUGGUAUGUAGAGGACCUCUGAACCCCGUGUGUAUGCAGAUAAAGUCUGCUGUCUUUUUGUGUUUCCUGAAAACAGCUGCUCAGUUUGGAGCAGUAAACAUAUAGGUAAAGAAAUAUGGUGGCACAUCAUUAGACACAAGGAACUGUGGGACAAAGACACUGAGAGACUGAGACAUGUUGACUCUCUGCUGUCUGUCUGACUGUCUGCCUGUCUGUCUGUAUGUCUGUCUGCCGCUCCUCGAACAGAAGAGCAGAUGCUUGAUCUCGUACCUGAAGAGAGACUUGCUUGUUAACCUGUAGAAGGGUUGGGGUCAAUUCCAUUUUAUAAUUUGUCAGAAAAUAAACCAAAAUUCUAAUUCCACAUUUUCCUAAUUGAUAAGCAUUAAAGGGAAUUAGCAUUCAGUGUACUUCCUGAGUUGGCUGGAAUAGAAAUGGUAUUGACCCCCAACCCUGAUCUAUAGUAUGGUUUGUUUGAAAACCUCUGCUAGGCAUGGGAGGCCAUUUUAUUGUCACUCAAAACCUUUAGUUUUCUUGUUGUUUUUGAUCACAAAC